GCUUUCGCGUGGUGAUUCGGAGGCAAGAAGAAUGCCCAUGUCGUUGUUUCUUGUAUGAUAUGUUGGCAUUGAAGAGCUUUCUCGGCGCAGAUAGCGCAUCUUUCAUAUAGAGCCACGACACCGCCGUCGGCGUCGAAGUGUCGUCACUAUGGGUAUCACAGGUUUACUGCCCUUGUUGAAAAGCAUCCACAAGUCGACUCAUGUACGAACGCUCGCAGGGCAGACCAUUGGGAUCGACGCCUAUGGCUGGCUUCACAGAGGCACUAUCGCCUGUGCGAUCGAGCUGGCACAAGGCAAACCGACCCGGAAGCACAUCGAGUUUGCGCUCCACCGCGUGCGCAUGUUACUGCACUUCGGCGUCAAACCGUAUCUAGUCUUCGAUGGCGACUAUCUCCCGAGUAAAGCACACACUGAAAAGAGUCGUGCCGCGCGUCGGAAGGAGAGCAAGAGGGUCGGGUUGGAUUUGCUACGAAUGGGUCGGCAGUCACAGGCAUAUCAGGAACUACAAAAGGCGAUUGAUGUAACACCGGCAAUGGCGAGGGAGCUCAUCGAGGAGCUCAAGCGAUUGGAUGUUCCAUACGUCGUCGCGCCGUUCGAGGCCGACAGCCAACUCGCUUAUCUCGAACAACAGGGUAUCAUUUCCGGUGUCUUGAGUGAGGAUUCAGAUCUCCUGGUCUUCGGUGUGAAACGACUACUUACCAAGUUGGACCAGUACGGGGAGUGUGUGAUGAUCGACAGAGCUGAUUUCACAUCCUGCCGAGAGAUCAGUCUUGUCGGUUGGAGCGAUCAGGAAUUCCGAAUGAUGGCAAUGUUGAGCGGAUGUGAUUAUCUCCCCUCGAUCGAAGGUCUUGGUCUGAAGACAGCAUAUCGUUUGGUACGGAAGCAUAAGGAUCUGGACAAGGUCAUCCGCAUGUUACAAUUUGACGGCAAGAAGAAAGUGCCUGCAGGGUAUCUUGAAGCCUUCACCAGAGCUGAAAGGACAUUUCUAUAUCAAUGGGUCUUCUGCCCCGAGGCUCGCGCUUUUCGACACCUCAACCCGCUACCAGCCGGCCUCACAGCAGAAGCCAUGCCCUUCCUGGGCAAAGAGGUCACGCCUGAAGAGGCGGCGGGGGUCGCGUGCGGUGAUCUGGAUCCCAACACCAAACAGCCAAUCGUACUUCCACAGAGAUUUUCUGAACGGGCUGUUGAACACCGGAUGGUUUCGACGCCUUUGGAGAAGCAUGGCAAGCCGAUCACGGAGUACUUCAAGGGCCGCACGCCUCUUGCCGAACUCGAUCCGAAUUCUUUCACUCCCUCUCCAAGCCAACAACGCCUCAUACAAUCACAGACGAAUAUAUCAUGGUCAGCAUCGCAGGUUCCCCAAGCUCGCAUACCAGGAAUCAAUCGAUCGUUGAGUGUGUCGGUACCAUCUUCCGCCCCUCCACCUUCUCGAGCUCCGCGCCUCUCGAAUUUCCAGCUUCCCAGCGAGACUCCGAAGAGACAGCGUCUCUGUUCAGAUCCGGCGAUCGGCCUUGCUAUGGCAGGAGGCGUCAGUUUGGAGAGCACCACCACGAGCCGCUUCUUCGGCCAACGACCCACCCAGGACAGCCCUACAUUACGCAAGAAACCUUCACGACGUGGAGAAGAGGAAUUUGAACUCUGGUCGGACGACUCUGUCGCUCAAGCUCUAGCCGAAGCCGCCGCCGCAACAGAGAGAUCCAUCCAUGAAUCCGCAAACACCGCGCCUAGGAAACGGAAAAAGCUGAGUGUAUUCAACGAUCUCGGGACAUCGACUCCCGAACUUCCUACGGCAGAGCAUGAUUCACAGAGUUCUGAAACGUCACUUCUAUCUCUCGAAUCGUCCGAUGCCACAUUCUCACAGCAGACAGACAAUCUCGCCACUCCGCUCACAGAUGAUAGUCAAACCAGCUCCUUCGGCUCCCUCGAGCGCUUCCGCAACUCCGCCUCCACCUCAACUCCAUCUCAGAAGAUCUCCCACAAAGGAAAAUCUACACCCUCGAUGCGACGGACUCAAUCUUAUCCUAUUUCAACCAGCAACAUCAUUCCCAACAGCGACGACGACGUGGCAGAAGAAGAAGAAAAGCAGGGAAAGAUCCAAAUCACCGCCUCACCCGAGCAAAAGUCUAGACCCUCCACCAAGCCUUCUCCAUUCAUCCGUCCAGCCCUCCCUUCCAGCCGUUCCGCAAAUCCCAUCCUAGCCGCCCCGGCGACCACCUCCAAAUCCUCCCUCGCCAUCGCCACUUCCCUCGACGAUGCAGUCUCCACCAAUCUAGGAAGUGAAGACAUGAUCAUACCCAACAGCCCUCCUUUUGUUGCGGAUAGAGGGGAUCACAGUUUCGAGCAGGACGAUCACAAAGAAGAAGACGACGAUGGGCAGGGAGAUGGCGAGCAGAUUCCUUCCCGAUCGGUGAAAUUGAACCUGGGACGGUUCAUGUUUGCGGGCUGAAAUGGUAUGAAUGAAUGAAUGGACGUUGUUACAUCUGUUUGGGCGUCAUUGGGAUACGGCGAGAUUUUUUCUUUCUUCUUCUUCUUAUUUUUCCUGGCUUGAAGGACCGACUGGCGCGUGGGUGUUUGGGAACUACGAGUUGUUGUUGUUGUUGUUGUUGUUUUGGCACAUUCAUCCGCUUUUGUGACGACUUCGCUUUUUCCAGAAAAAAGAUAUUGAAACGUGUGUGUGUGUGUGUGUGUGUAGAUUUCGAUAUCGGAGCAUCGCCUUCGUCCCAGUUCUCGCU